AUGAUAACCAUUUAUAAGGAUUACCUAAGAGGCAGCCACCACUUCAGCCGCGUAUUCGCGUACAUUCUCCUAAGCCUGCGUAAUAAGGAAAACUUCUUUAAAAAAAGAUCCGUCCGGGGAGACUCCUUCUUUGGCAACUGGGAAAAAUCGCAUUACGUGAAGAGGGCACUAAGCGAUAGUAGGAAGAAGAAGAAAAAAAAAAACCUAGUCAUCCAUUUCGCCACCAGCCAAAUCAGCUACUUUUACUUUCACUACUUUGUGUAUAUUUUGCUGCCAAAACUGAGAUGCCUGUCUGACUGCGAAAAAAGGAACAUUCUGGAAAACGUCUAUUUGGUCGAUCGCAGGAACGCCGAUGAGAAUGUGAAGGGGCAUAUAUACAACAAAAUUAAGCAAGGGGUGAGUAACAUUAUUUUUUCAGACCAUGUGCUAGCCAAAGAGGAAUAUGAUUACACACACACGUUGGGGUUAUUUUUAGAAAAUACCCUCUUCAUGGAAAUACUUGAAAAUGCAAAGGUGAGAAAGGUAAGGCGGCAACAUGCACUCUCAUUUAAGAGUAUAAACAGGCAGCCUUCUUUGAGGGAUACACAAAUGAGCAGGCUCCACUCGGGAAGAAGUAAAAACGAAUUUGCAUGUAGCAGCUGUUUGUAUGGGACGUACUUCUGGAGGAGUCGUCACCCAAGUGAAUACAACGCAGUGACCAUACUGCGGAGAAACGCAAAAUUAAAUGCCUUCCAAAAAUGCGACGAGGUAAUUCAAGAGAUAAACAAAAACGUACAAUGGGUUAACCAUCACUCCUUUUAUAAAUUUUACGAAACGGCAUAUGUCAGUUUUGUAAAUUAUCGUAUGAGCCUUUUGCAGAGUUUUGUCGAAAUGGUAAUGCGGCGGAAGGGGGGAUGUCCGGGGGGAGAAGUGGGACAGGAAAAAAGGAAAAAAAAAAAAAAAAAAAACCUCGCAUAUAUAUUCUUUAAACAUAAAGAUUUCAUUUUCAACGUCCGUCUAUUCCCCGACUUCGUCCGUAAGAAAGCUAUUUACAUCGACUUUGACCACGCCGCUAAUUUGUACCUGAAGUAUUUACAGCUGUUAGGAAAGGUCAGCCCUUUUGCAGGCUCUCCAGGGGAAGGUUUAACCGCACAUGGGGAUGACCGUCCGGCCAAAAAAUUCAGCGACACGAAAAAAAAGAGCCUUCUUCGGGAAAUAAAAAAAAAUCUGAACCUACAUGUGUGGGGUAGGGACCAGAAGGAGAGCUUCUACUCCGAGUUGGUCAAAAUGAAGUUCCGCAAGUUUUACAAUUAG